AUGUCAAGGGGAACCUUUACCCUUACCUUAUAUUUUAUUUGCAUCCGUAGUGACCUAGCAUUUGGGGGGGAAGGGUUAUUGAGAACCCAAUUGCAUGUUGAUGAAAUUUUGGUGUAAAUAUAAUGAGAUCUUGUCCUCUUAAUUAAUAUUGACAUGUAUAUAUCUUUAAGAAGGGUGCAUGAGUGACAUGUCUAUCAUUAGGUUGUCUCAGUCUUAAAGUACCUGUAUUCAUAGACAUGCAUUUGUUAUACAUAAAAUAGCGUGCAUAUACACAUAAAUAUACAUGCAAGCAUGCACACUGUUAAGUGUAUAUAUGUAUAUAUUAUGUUUGUGGAGUUAUAUAUUGCAUGGGCCAUUUGUAAAUGGAAGACUUGCUUGUAAAUUUUCAUGAGUAAAACUUAAGAAAUCUCACGAGCUAGAGAACUAAUGCCAGACUGCUUCCCCAUCCAAACCCAAACUGCAUAGAAUGAGAGCUGUUCUUUAUUCCACUUUUAAAUCAGAGAAAUAUCAGCACAUGAAAAAUAACCCCUUCAACACUGGUUGUCUUGCUUCUGCUUGUUGCACUAACAUUACAAAGAAGUACAAGGUCUAGGCAAUUUUUGUAGUGGUGGUAAUCCUAACUAAAUUGUCUGGAAAAAAAUGAAGUAUCAGCAUUCAGAAUAUGCAUUAAGAUUCCCAUUGGAAAAAGGAGCCAAUUCUACAAGCUAAAUAAAAAUCCAUGGCUUUCCUUCAUAGAGAUGCUCAUCAGUACUGUUAUCAGUGCAUGUAAACUGGUAUCCUAUAAGGUGCUGGAGGAAAAGGUUGUGCCUUUUGUGUGUCACAAUUCUUCUGGAGCUUAAAAGACAAGAGAACUUUGAAUUUGAAAAACACUGAAAUAAGUUUGCUUUGAUUGUUUGCCCAGUCUCUUUUUUGUUAAACUGGAGAAAGUUUAUUUGCAGUUGAGGGGUGGAGCGGGGAGAGAACCAAACUUUGCUGUACUCUAGCAUUAAGCAUCUUUUCCCUCCUCCCUUAAAUAAAGGGGAGAAAUGCAAAACUUGUUUCAGUUUAACUGUCUUAACCAUACAACAAUGAUCAGUAUAGCAUCCCAUAACUAAUGCUGACCCACUUUCCCAAAGCAACAUUCACUGUACAUUUAAAAGGUUUUUGUGGUUUAAAUGUUGUUACAUAUUUUACAGCAUUAGGAUCUAUGGAAUAUUUUGACAACUGCAACAGUUCAAUGAAGUUGCAAGGAGCAAAUAAUGCUGAGAAAUUUGAUUAUGUGAUGCAGUUCAUGAAUAAGAUGGCUGGAAAUGAAUAUGUUGGGUUCAGUAAUGCCACUUUCCAGUCUGAAAGAGAGAGUGGAGACCGAAACUUCGCAAUAGGCUAUUAUCUGAAAGAGAAAAAGUGUUUUCCAGAAGGCACAGAUAUGGUUGCCAUAUUGGACUUCUACUUCCAGUUGUGUUCCAUAGAGGUGACUUGUGAAUCAGCUAGUGUGAUGGCAGCAACUUUGGCUAAUGGAGGAUUUUGCCCCAUCACCGGUGAGAGGGUACUGAGUCCUGAAGCUGUUCGGAACACUCUAAGUUUAAUGCAUUCCUGUGGCAUGUAUGACUUCUCAGGACAGUUUGCUUUCCAUGUUGGUCUUCCUGCAAAAUCAGGAGUUGCUGGUGGUAUUAUCUUGGUUGUUCCUAAUGUUAUGGGUAUGAUGUGCUGGUCACCUCCCCUGGACAAGAUGGGAAACAGUGUUAAGGGGAUACACUUUUGUCAUGAUCUGGUUGGUUUGUGCAAUUUCCAUAAUUAUGAUAACUUGAGACACUUUGCAAAGAAGCUUGAUCCCCGCAGGGAAGGCGGUGACCAGCGGGUAAAGUCUGUAAUUAAUCUCCUGUUCGCUGCAUAUACGGGUGAUGUGUCUGCACUAAGAAGAUUUGCGUUGUCGGGCAUGGAUAUGGAGCAGAGAGACUACGAUUCCCGGACAGCAUUGCACGUAGCAGCCGCUGAAGGUCACGUUGAGGUAGUUAAGUUUUUGCUGGAAGCCUGCAAAGUGAAUCCUUUCCCCAAAGACAGGUGGAACAACACUCCAAUGGAUGAAGCUUUACACUUUGGACAUCAUGAUGUAUUUAAAAUUCUUCAAGAGUAUCAAGUACAGUACUCGCCGCCAGACGAUUCCAGCAACGGAAAAGAAAAUCAAACUGUACAGAAAAACCUAGAUGGCUUGCUAUAACCCUCUUCUGUUCCCAGGAAUGGAAAUUUACCUAUUUAAUUGUGGAAAAGCCGAUUAUGAAGAGUGUGCGUGUUUCUAUUGGAUAGUGAUGUAUAUUUUCCAGGAGUCUCACUUUGUUGUAAAUGUUACAGGCGCUUUUCGUCGUUGCGCACACAGGACAAGCCUAGUUUGUCUUUCAGAAAAGCAAACUCCCCAAGUCUCCAUAAUGUGAGCAAUAUUACCUCGUGCUACGUGUGACUGAUAAAGAGGAGGGGAAAAAAAAGAAUAUUUAGCUGUUGCCGAUUUUCUGCACUACUUAUUUUGUCGUUUUCUGUGACGCUUUACUCCAUGAGUCAAGAACUUUUUCUGCUGUGCUGGCUUUUAAAAAAAAAAGUAGAUAAAUAAAAGCUGCCUGGAAGUGUGGCUGCACAGAACCGGGCUGCUGCCCUGUGUACAUGUAUGCGUGAUCUCGCUAGGUGUCAAGAAUUGUGGCUGGUGUGGAUUUAGGCUGGGUGUGUUGAGCAUCAGUCUGCACUAAGAGUGCUUUCUUUGUAUCCUUUUAAUUUCUUACGAUACCUUCUUGCAUCAUGUAAUUCUUAAAAAUAUAGACGAGUGACUGCGGUCAGUGGUCUAGGAUUCACUUUUGUUCCAAGAAUUUUAUCAGGGAAUUUUAAGGUUUGUUUGACCAAAAAGCAUCGAUGAAUGUAAUCAGAUCAUCUUCUAACAUCACAGUUCAGAGGCGUCUUUCAUAUCUUCCAUCACCGACCCCUUCUCUCUCUGUAUGGAGGUGCUGAUAAGAGUCUUCAGACAUUGAAGCCUGCUGCCUCCUCGUUUCUGGUGGAGUUCUAUGCAUGCCACUUGCAUGUGGCUAGGGUGUGUUUCCUUUCCAUACCAGGGGUUGUGCUAACUGAGCAUCUUCUAGUCAUAGACCCACAAUUACAUAAACAAUGUGAUCUUUCUGAGAAUGAAGCUCACCUCAUAGUUAAAGAGGCCUGGUGCCUUGAUUUGAUUCCAGCAGGCAUCAACAGUGUUGGUAGCAAAGGGCACUGACAAUAGGGUUGGGCUUACCUGGAAGUAAUGGAGUCUCUAGACAUUUUAACACCUGAGCAGCAGAUGAGUGUGAUGGUCUUCAACCAGCAGAUCAAAACCCCACCCUCACUUGCAGGCAUUCCUAAAGAUCUCAUCCCUAUCAUGGUUCUAUUUCCUCUUUCUGUUACUUUUCCCUCCCCCUUUAUGAAACUGGAGAAAUGGUGCGAGUGGAAACUACAGGCAAGAGAAACAAGAUGGCAGCUGCACAUUUAAAGAAAGCUGAUGUAGGCCUCAUGUAGUGGCCUGCCAGAAGGUGGAUCAUUAACUCUUAAAGAUCAUUUGCACGGGCAAAGUUUAACUAGAACCUUCGAUGUGUAGUUAAAAAGAUCUAGAUUUGCCAGUCCAAAUGCAGGGUGUGUGUGUGUACUUUCCACGUGUUUUCGUUAAGUGUGCCCACCCCUGCAAACUCCACUCUUAGGAGGCUGCUCGUUCUCCGCACCUCUCAAUUCUCCAUACUUGGUCUAUUUGGCUGGUUGGAAAAAUAAUUUGCCACUUUGCCUCCAGAGUCUUUAGCCCAUAUCCUCAGCGAUACUGUGCAAGUGCUGCAUUGAUGCUGUAGGACUGGAAUAUGUGAAGGUUCUGAACUGAAACUAUGCUUCUUCCUUCCAAAUAGAUGGACUAGCCUAUUGCGCUUCACCUCCUCCAUUAAAAUCUCCCGACAUUUAUCAUCUUUGUAACCUGUAUCAGCCAUCUUGUAAUUAAACAGUAAUGCUUUAGACAUACACAUAUACG